AUGAAUUUCUUCUCAAAGUACCUUACUGGUGGAGAAUUCAAAAGUUUUGGAGAUAGUAUUAUCUCAGAGUUAGAUGCUAUUGAGUACUGGAACGAUUUCCCUGUUCGACACAAAGACAAAGCAACUAUGGAGUUUAUUGAUAUUGUAGACACGCCACAACGAGAAUAUACUCUUGACAGAAGGGAUUAUGGAAUAUUCGUAUGCAUGUUUAUGGAAAUGAUUGUUUCGGAGGUACCGGUGAAGAUUGAUAAGCCACGUAGAGAUGCGGGAUUUCUCUAUAGAAAUAGGAUGACAAAUAUUAUUUGA